UUUGUUAGUGGGUCGUCGUUGAAUACAUUCUCUUAUAUAUUAAAAGAUGAUAAUACUCAUAAGUUAUUUAUCAACCAAAUAAAGCAACAUUAAAUGCGCUGUGAUUAAUAUUAAUUUACAAAUACUAGUCACAGUUAAUUUUUUUUAAUGACGUUGUGUGAAAAGUUAUAUGUGGUUUACAACAAUUUUAGGAGUUAAAACCAUUAUCUCUGUGUAGUGUAAUAAAAGAUAUAUUCAACAUGAUACUGGAUCAUAAAAUGUAAUAUUAAUUUUAAAGAAAUGGUGGAAAAUAUCUAAAGUCAGAUUUGGAAUCAGCGACCAAAUUUCAUAUAGAAUUCACAAAAUAUUAUAGACAAAAAAAUGGUUGUUACUCUGUGUAAUAUGUUAGACACCGUGUUUUAUGCAUUUAAUUGUUCAUGUGCAUAUAGAUAACUUCAAACUGUGUAUGAUGAAUAAUAAUAUACCAACAGCUAUUAAUUGAUGACUCGUUGCAUUUUGUAGCAGGUAUAAGAACUCGAUACUCUAAAAGGAAAAAACUGAUAAAUGAUUAUUGGGAGACUUUAUUUCCGUGAUACUCUUAAAAGUAUAGUUACGCAUUUUAUUGAUUUUCCAAUCGCGGCUUGAGAUAAAUGCAAACAUAUAAUAUUUCUACUAUAAAUUAAGAUAUUAAUAGAAGUGCUGAUAUCUAGUCUAGCUAAGGUCUCGUCAGGAAUUUGAACAGUACCAGAACGGCUCGUGAAUGCCUGUACGUUUAAUUGUUAAUAAAAAUAGACUUACACGUUCAUUAGGAGUUUUAAAAUUUCCUGAUUAUGGCAUUAAAUGAAAACUGCCCUAAAGGGGCAGUUUUCAAACAAAAUGGCUCAAGUUAUAAUUUUAAGUUUAAGGUGAACUCAACACUUAAGGAUAAAGCAUUACUAAACGCUGACGAAGAAGAUGAAAUGAAAAUAUUUGGCUAUAAACGAUGUAUUCCAUUGACGAUUUUAAUAUGGAUUUUUACCAUUCUCUCUUUGGGUUUUUUACGUUUGUUAUUUCAUUGGUGGCCACACUGGGUAUUAUAUGUGAUGUUCAAAAGAUGUCCUCUUGAUGAAGCUGAACGUGUUCUUGUAGUUGAUAGUUACGAAGGAACACACAGGUCAUAUUUUGUAAAAAAAGUAAUACACUUAUCGAUUGAAAAUAUUAACUAUUAUGAUAAUAAAGUGUUCUCAAAAGGUUGUAAUGAUUCAAUAAAUGCUGAAAAAAUUCAAUUAAAAUCAGAAAUAAAAACUAUAAGAAUUUAUUUGAAUGAUGGUUCCUAUCAGGAUGUCAGUCAUAUAAGGGUAAUAAAUAUCAAAAAAAUUUCUUAUGUAUGGUGCCAGUCCCAAGGAAUGUUUCAAAAACUUGUUGGGCUAGAUCGUGGUUCAACGACUGCACAUUUACACAAUCUUAAGGGAUAUUCUGCUGAUGAACAGUUUGUUAGACGAUUCAUUUAUGGUUUAAACACAAUUGAUAUACCAAUGCAAAGUAUUAUUACAUUGAUUGGAUUAGAGAUACUCAAUCCAUUGUACAUUUUUCAAGCAUUUUCUUUUGUUGUUUGGUUAUCAGAAGGCUAUGUGUAUUAUUUGGGAGCUAUUGUAAUUAUGUCCUUGUUCGGAAUUACUUCAUCAGUUAUUCAAACGCGAGAAAACCAAAAAACUUUACGAAAAACAGUUCAUUUUUCGGAUAAAAUAGUUGUAUGUAGAAGAAAAGAAGAUGAAAAGUUGGAAGCUUUGUAUGAAGAAAUUUCCACAACUAAUUUGGUACCUGGUGAUAUUAUUGUUAUACCAAGGUAUGGCUUUGAAGUUCCAUGUGAUGCUGCAUUAUUGUGUGGAUCUUGUGUCGUAAACGAAAGCAUGCUAACCGGAGAAAGUGUACCUAUAGUUAAAACAGCAUUACCUAAUAGGAAUCUCUUGUAUAAUGAAAAAGAAGACAUGAACCAUACUCUUUUUUCUGGAACUAAAGUGCUUCAAGCAAGAUAUCAUUCCGAUAAAAAAAUUCUAGCUGUUGUUUUAAGAACUGGAUUUUUAACUGCUAAAGGUUCAUUAGUUCGAUCAAUUUUAUACCCACCGCCGACAGAUUUUAGAUUCGAUAAAGAUUCUUAUAGAUUUAUUUGGAUUUUGGCAAUUAUAGCUAUUUCUGGGUCAAUAUACACCGCAAUUACGAAAGCUUCUAGGGGUCUAACUAUAGUUGAUAUAAUUGUAAAGUCGUUAGAUUUGCUUACAAUUGUUAUCCCUCCAGCACUUCCAGCAGCCAUGACAGUUGGGAAAAUGUAUGCUUUAAGGAGACUCCAAAAAUACCAAAUUUCCUGCAUUAACUCAAGAGUUAUAAAUGUAUCAGGUUCUAUAGACUGCAUAUGUUUUGAUAAAACUGGUACACUAACAGAAGAUGGAUUAGAUAUGUGGGGAAUCGUACCCAUAGAGUCAAGUGAAGAGCUUGGAUUACCAUUAAGAAAUGUUUCUACAUUGUCUAAUGAUCAUCCGCUAAAAAUAGGCAUGGCUACUUGUCAUUCGUUGACUCUUUUGAAUUCAAUUGUUUUAGGAGAUCCGCUUGAUAUAAAAAUGUUUGAGUCUACUGAAUGGAGUAUAGAAGAGAUGGAUGUUUUUGAUACUUCGAAAUUUGACGUUAUAAUAUCAACAGUUGUACGUCCACCAUCCCUACUAGAAGAAGAAAAUACCACAGAAAUAGGUCUUAUACAUCAGUUUCAUUUUUCAUCGUCUUUGCAAAGAAUGAGUAUGAUAACUAAAGUAUUUAGGGAUCCACGUUACGUUGUUUAUUCUAAAGGAUCACCAGAAAUGAUACAGUCAUUAUGCAUUCCAAAUACAGUGCCGGUUCACACUAAUAAUGUAUUAAGAGGGUAUACAGAAGAAGGUUAUCGAGUGAUUGCCAUUGCAUACAAAGUAUUGGAAGAAAGUAAUUUUGUUGAGAUACUAAAAUUGAGACGGGAGGAAGUUGAAUGCGAUUUGAUUUUUGCCGGUCUUGUAAUUUUAGAAAAUCGGCUAAAAAAUCAGACUACUCCAGUAAUUGAAGAACUUCAAGGAGCUGACAUAAAAAUUGUUAUGUUGACUGGUGACAAUAUUUUAACUGCUGUUAGUGUGGCGAAAGAAUGUGGUAUAGUUCCACCAUCAAAAACAAUUGUAGAUGUAACAGCCGAUGAAAGAGACGAACAAAAUCCUAAAAUUUAUUACACAGCUAGUGGUAUUACUUUACCUUUGAGAUCCAGUUUAAUUUUAAAUAAAUUAAAUGGGUGUGAUAUUGAGUCAGAAGGUCGUAUUAUUGGGGAUUAUAGUUUUGCUUUGACUGGUCGAACUUGGGCAAUAAUUAGAGAUAAAUUUCCGGAUCUUCUGCCAAAGAUACUUGUAAAAGGAGCGAUUUUUGCUAGAAUGACAUCAGAACAUAAGCAACAAUUGGUAAAAGAGUUACAAAAUAUUGGUUAUCAUGUUGCUAUGUGUGGCGAUGGAGCAAAUGACUGUGGAGCAUUAAGAGCUGCUCAUGUAGGUGUUUCCUUAUCUGAAGCAGAAUCUUCGGUUGCUUCUCCUUUCACAUCACAUAAGGCAGAUAUUUCAUGUAUGCCAUUAAUAAUUCGCCAAGGUAGAGCAGCAUUAGUAACUUCAUUUGGUGUCUUUAAAUUUAUGGUGCUCUAUAGUUUAUUAGAAUUUACUUCAACGUUUAUUUUAUACAACAUAGACAGUAAUUUAACUGAUUUUGAAUUUUUGUUCAUUGAUGUUGGUUUAGUGGUGAACUUCAUGUUUUUCUUUGGCAGAAACCAAGCAUUUAAAGGAUCAUUAUUCAGAAAACCUCCAUUAACAAGGUUACUUUCAUUUGUACCUUUAUUCUCAAUGGUUGCAAAUCUCUUUGUGUUGGUUUUGACCCAAAUUUUAUCAUUUUAUUUAAUACAACAGUUUUUAUGGUUUAAACCAUUUCACUUCACGCAGCCUUUAGAGUAUAAGUGCUAUGAAAAUUAUGCAGUUUACUCCAUUUCUCAGUUUCAGUAUAUAAUUUUGGCUUUUAUAUUUUCGUACGGAAAACCUUAUCGAGUGCCAAUUUACAAAAACAAAGUUUUCUUUUUUUCUUUAUUAACAAUGACCCUUGUUUGUACUUUUAUAACAGUUUUUCCUACCAAUUGGGUCAAAAAUAUACUGCAAUUAGAAUAUCCUCCUAAGAUUGAUUUCCCUAUAUUAAUUAUUGCUUUAGCAAUAGUUGAUUGCAUAGUAUGUUUAAUCAUAGAAUACUUUAUUGUUGACUAUUUAUUGACAAAAAAAUUUAAAAUGACAUCAUAUGAAUCAAAUAGUGAAUAUAAAUACCAAUUAGUUAAACACGAGCUUGAUUCUUCUCCUGGAUGGCCACCAAUUUGUAAACAUCAACCAAUGAUUAUAUCUUCAUCAUUAGAGUGUAUGCGAAAAUCUGAAAUUAAUACUGCACAAUUAGAACGUCAAGAAAGACUUACGACAAACAUAACCAAAUUAUAGUUUUUUUUAAAUAAAUACAAUUAUUUUAUUAAUGUAUCAAAACAAUAUUUAAUUUAACUGUCGUUAAAUUUAAAUAAACAUAAUCUUUAUUAAUGAA